UUUUUUGUAUUAUUAGUGGAUAAUACACUUGAACAUGUUGCCCACGGGGUGUGCAACUAACUAUGCACAUCCACAGUCAACCAUUGUUCUUUCACAACAAGCACGUACAGACCACACAAUUAUACCAUCGUACACUAUAUAGUUUUGAAGAUAUCGUAGCUGAUACUCGGAGAGUAUGGGGUUCUCUAGCAUACUAACAGGUCGGAAGACUAAGAGGUCCUCCUCUGAUAUUGGAUCCGGGAGAAGACCCAGCGUAGCAUGUGUCAGCGACGAUUUCCAUAACAAGAAGAUCCCUUUGGAUGCACUUGUGGUCGAUGAUGCGAUUAGUAUCCGAGUGGCUGGGUUGUAUCAUCCUGCGUCAUCUCCGAAUCUCUUACGUGCUGCUGGCACUAGCAGCUUUGCGUCCGUCAGAUGCACAGGCAGACGUCCACGGGCUGUGGCACAAGCACCCGUCUCUGCCACGCGCAGCCAAGCCCUCCCACAGACACUCACAGGCACGUCAACGGCUGGUACUAGUGUAGAAGGGACGCCUCGUGUGUGUGUGAAGACCAUCCAGGAUCGCCCACAAACACGCACAGGCACGUCUACGGCUGAUACUAGUACAAAGGAGACCCGUGAUGUGUGUGUGAAGAAACGUGCGUUGAUAUUCAAACCAGCACACAGGAAAGCCGUGGUUGUGCGUGCGUGUGGGGGAGAUAGGGGGGUGGGAGACGCCCACGGCCGGAAGCUACUACCCGCACAUGUCGGGGACGUGGUGACUAUCUCCACCAACGUCUCCAGUCACAUGGACUGGUGGUUAGCCAUCCAUGACCAAACGGGCGGCAUAGGUCACCUUCCCAAGAAUAACAUACGCGUCCUCAACCAGUGUGUAGCUUCGGUUGUCUUACGGGAUGUGUCUCUGCUACAGUCCCUUGGCACUCACUCCGGCUCAGUGUCCGAGGGUGUCCGAGUACCCCAGUGCUCCGUUGUGAACGUGUUAAGCUCAGCCACAGAUGCACAUCCUCUGUGCAUAGUACAAUAUCGGUUGAGUGGGGCUAUCGGGGGGGUCUCUCCGGACGCGCUAACACCUUUGACGGCCAUGAGAGACCACGCACAUAGUACUAAGGAAUGGGCUGUGGUGGUACGCGACAUGAAGUCCAGUGUCACGUCCACCGGCAGCCCUGCGAUGCUCAGAAAGGGACAGGUGUGCCAAGUCCUGCACCGCCUGGAUCACUCAGCCAAUCCGUUUGCCGAGGUGAUGGUUGCCAUGGAAACGCCACCCGACGGGGGUGUGGUAGAGAGUACUGACACGCCCGCGGUAGUGUCUCGCGCAGAUACCACACUGCUAUCCGUAUGGGACGAUAUAGCGGUUGGGUUUGUCCUGCUUGACUCCAGUGGGACCGGUCCUUGUCCUGAUAGUUUGUUGCCUGACCUGGGUGCGAGGGAUUGGGACUGGGACUGUGGGGGAGAGGGCUCUGCCCCAUUCGUCUGGCCAGUGGACACCCAGACAUUGGCGCACACCACUACGCCUGUACAUCAAACGGACUCGGUGACACGGCCACGCACCCCCGUCGAUGCAACACAACAUAGUAUACCUGCACACACACACACGCACGCACGCACACAUGAACACGAACGUACGCAUGUGGUUGAUAGGGCGAGGGACAUCCGCUCCAAUAUAACCGAUGUAGUCACCACCACCACCACACCAGCAAAAGCCAUCACACCAGCAAUAGAUAACCCAAACACAGACACCCAACACCCUAGCAACCAACACAAUAGCACUCCCCUCCGCUGCAGUUCAGCAACAAGCGCUACAGGCGAUGACAUGGGGAGUGACCUAUUUAUAGCCGUGGUAGAUAGGGAUACCUUAGAGUUCCUGGACCCGCCCACUGAGGCGUGUCUGAAUGCCUAUGACAGCUCUGCGCUGGAGAGUAUUCCUGCGUUGUGUGCCGUGUGUCUGGAUGUGGACGUACUGCCAAGAUACUCCAUAUUUGAGUGCCACCACAGCUUCCAUCUGAUGUGCUUAGUGGACCUAGUGCGCUACGCCAUCAAUAACCGCGUGGAGGCAUUCCCGGUGUAUUGUCCACUAGCGAAGAAAGCGGGCCAGUGCACCGUAGUUCUGGACUAUCGGACGGUAAAGGGCCUGUCCGAUCGAGCGUUUGACCUGAAACUGAAGGGCCUUACGAAUCAGGAAUUGGACAAGUUUGGUAACUUUUACGCAGAGUCGCUCAUCGGGAAAGGCAACCGAAUAUUCUGCCCAGAUGCCGCAUGUGGAGUGAUGAUUGAGAUACCUACCGGACACAAUCCAAGCUAUAAGCGUACAAGGUGUCCGUCAUGUGCACAUGCGUUCUGCUUCGAUUGCAAGAAUCCUUGGCAUAGCAAACUCACAUGCGCCGAGGCCAGCGCCCUCCCCCGCGCCCACCACCACACCAUAGCCAGCUCACGUCUGAUCGCAGAGACGUCUAAGGCGUGUCCCAACUGUCCAACCAACAUCAGCCAUUGGAAAGGACAUGGCUGCCACCACAUCCUCGUGGACACUGGGUGUCCUGGGUGUGGCAAGCACUUCUGCUACGCGUGCUUGGCGCCGUAUCAUCUGGACGGCAGCGAUAGGUGUGCGUGCUCGAGGUUCUGCGAUGACGAGUGCGGGUGUCUGCCCUGUCCGGAUUGCAAACCAGGAGCCCAUUGUAUGGCCUGUGAUAAUGAUGGACGCUGUCCGGUAUGAGUACCAGUAUGUAUUGGUAUACAGCUGUACCGAACAGCAAGAAUAUCGCGAUUGUAGGCGUGUAGUAGCCUCCUAUUGGCACUGCAUGUACGUAUGCCAUUAGCUUUACGUGCUACGAGUGGGGCGGACGUGACGCUGGCCGCUUGCCACUAUAAGUCACGAAUGAGGCUUACGCACAUGCGCGUAUGGUUAUAGAGAAAAUGUGAGUGAUCAACCUCGAGACAGGGCAUGUAUGCAAGCGGGAUGCACUGGCAUCCUGGCCACUUCCACACACAGACCUUAUCAUAAGAAGAACACUCAGACCUUCUCAUAGGAAGGAGUCUGAUGUCCCAUUCAACGUGUUAUCGUGAAUUCGGGCUCGGACUGAAUCUCACUGUCGACAGUGUAUCUGCAGAGACAUCUUGAUGGUGUCCUAGAGGUGACGAGAGACUACAGAACAAACCCAGGUGUAGAAAUGUGGUGUGUGAUCGCUUUGCUUCGGAAUGGAUCGCAGGCGGCACACCUAAUAGUAUUCGUAUAAAUCAUACACAAGCUAGCGUCUAUAGUAUGAGACCGACAAACCUAAAGAAUGUAAGAUGAGACAGGUCUACAAAUCAAUGAAAUAAAAAGCAUGAAGAUUAUUGAGAAACCAGUACUAGAGUCACCCUAAACCCCCAUAUAUAUAUAUAUAUAUAUUGUAUGUGUGUGCGUGUGUGUGUGUGUGUGUGUUGUUUUAUAUAUAUAUAUAUAUAUAUACAUACGUACAUACAUAC